AUGUUCAAAACGCUAUCGAUAACUCGGCCGAAACGUAUUAUCACCGGCAAUGUUGAGUCUCUCAUCGGUGUCUCAUUUGCUGUUGGAGCUCGCCGUUGUGGUCGGCCCAGUCCUGAUGGGGCAGCUCGGAGUUUCUACUCCACCGCCCCAGUGAAUCCAAUCCCUACGGCGAAUUCCACCUCGAACCCCUUGCGCGGUUGCUACCCCUCCGUGGUGGGUUGCUUCUCGUUGUCAGCUUCGAAUAUUAUCCCAGUCCACCACUGUUUCCACACAACAACACCAAGUCGCUUCAGCAUUCGUAGCAACUCGUUCAGCAAGAUGGCCGCCACCAAGGACUACAGACUUCUCUGCCUCGAGAACCCUCUUCUCGACAUCCAGGCCUUUGGCGAUGAGGCUCUCCUCGAGAAGUACGGCCUUAAGGCCAACGACGCCAUCCUCGCCGAGGAGAAGCACCUGGGCCUCUACGAGGACCUCCUCCAGAACUACGAUGCUAAGCUGAUCGCCGGUGGUGCUGCCCAGAACACCGCCCGCGGUGCUCAGUACCUCCUCCCUCCCAACAGCGUCGUCUUCCUCGGUGGUGCUGGUGACGACAAGUACGCCGCCAUCCUCCACGAUGCUGUCAAGCAGGCUGGUCUCCGCGUCGAGUACCGUGUCGACCCCAAGAUCAACACCGGCCGUUGUGGUGUUAUAAUCACUGGCCACAACCGCUCCAUGUGCACUGAUCUCGCUGCCGCCAACCACUACGACCUUGAGCACUUGAAGAAGCCCGAGGUCUGGUCCCUCGUCGAGAACGCUGAGGUCUACUAUGUCGGUGGCUACCACUUCACCGUCUGCCCUCCCGCCAUCAUGGAGCUCGCCAAGCAGGCUGCCAGCGGCAACAAGCCCUUCAUCCUCUCCCUCUCUGCCCCCUUCAUCCCCCAGUUCUUCAAGGAGCCCCUUGAUGCCUCUGCUCCCUACUGGGACUACGUGAUCGGCAACGAGGGCGAGGCCGCCGCCUACGCCGAGUCCCACGGCCUCAACACUACCGAUGUUAAGGAGAUCGCCAAGGCUCUCGCCAACCUCCCCAAGGAGAACACCCAGCGCAAGCGCGUUGCCAUCAUCACCCAGGGCACCGAGCCUACCAUCGUUGCCGUCCAGGGCGAGGAUGAGGUCAAGGAGUUCCCCGUCCACUCCAUCGACCCCGCCAAGAUCAACGACACCAACGGUGCCGGUGAUGCCUUUGCUGGUGGCUUCGCCGCCGGUGUCGUUGAGGGCAAAUCUCUCGAGGAGUCCAUUCACAUGGGCCAGUGGCUCGCUAAGCUCAGCAUCCAGGAGCUUGGUCCUUCCUACCCCUUCCCCAAGCAGGCUUACCCCGGCCACAAUUAA